CAACACACAAACACCUGAGCCCUGUUUACAUGGAUAGUGUAAGCCAGUUGUUGAACAGGUGAUGCGCCCAGUCAGCACCCUGCUGAGUCAUUGUCACGUGUCAGACACCCGGGGGCAGCACCAGGCUGCACAGUCUGUCAGAAGACUCGCAAUAAUCGGAUUGAAUGGAGCACUCCGUUCAUCACAUCCAAGCUGUACGUUUGCUUUUUUUUUUAAAUGUUCAUCACCCUCUUCUUGGUCUUCCUCGACGCAUCAACGAAGAGGAGGAGAGGCGUGAUCAGACGCAGAGAUGAACUCAGAGCAUUCAUUGUGAAAAUAGACCCGCCUUCAUCUGAAAAUAACUGCUGCGGGCUGAAACAGGAAACUUGUGCUCUUCACCUCUUGCCGGCUCACCGAUGCAUUUAGUUGACACUUGAGCAGGUUCCCCACAAAAAAAAACCCACACCAGCGCCGCACCACCCCCACCACGUCUGCGUCGCUUCGCCCGGACUCGAAGGAGUCGUAGCCUACAGGAGAAGACAGAUGACCUCUUUUUACGACGACAAGGAUUUGGAGGAAGAGCUCAGUCGAGUCAACUGCCCUGAUGAGGAUCUGGAGUUUGAGUACUUGUUUGAAUAUGAACCACCUUGCAGCGACUUUGCUGCGGGAGAUCAAGAUGAUCCAAACCUCGCAGCUCACAAAAUCCUCAGCCCUGAGUGUGAGCAGGCGUUCCGUCUGGAGGAGGCCUCCCCUUACGGCAUCAAGUCCUGCAGUCCCUCCUACAGUGACCACAACACUGAGGUUCUCUCAGGAUAUGAGAACCAGGAGGCCAGACACUACCUGGACAAUACCCGGCCUGCAGGCCUGGCCCUGAGCCCGCGGAUCGAAAUCACCCCCUCCCGUGAGCACUACAACCAUGGUCGGGACUCCCUGCAGAACCACCACCUGAACAUUAGCCCAAGACCCACCCUCACUGUGCCUGGCCAUGAAAACCAAUCGUACCGUGAGCCUCAGUGCCUGAGUCCCGCCAGCAGCAACUCCUCCACCAGCUGGCACUCGGAGAGUUACUCCCCCUGGGCGUCUCCUUGUGUGUCCCCCAGCAGCGGGCAGAACCCCGGAGACCUGUGCCCCAGGUUACAGAACAUCCACACUGGCUCCCCGCGCACCUCCCCUGGCACCUCCCCUCGCAACAGCCUAGCCGAGGACGGCUGCCUGGGAACCCGCUCGCCUUCCUCCAAACCUGGCUCCCGCUCCACCUCCCCACAGGGCAAACGCACCUACGACAUGUACAGGAAUCCCGGCUUAGUCCCAGGGCACCGCUCCCGCAGUCCCUCCCCUCACAGCGGCCAUGAAGAUCACAACAUAGGUGCCCACUAUACACACAGCAGCCUCGCUGAUGCCAUGAAUGGUUUUGGCACCGGGCAGCCAGGCCUGGUGCCCACUAAAAUAGUCAAGACGUCGAACCAGGUUUACACUCUGUACCCAGAGAACAACGCAGAAGGGAACUACUUGGUGUCCUGCGACGAGGACAUAAAAAACAAACCUGCUGCAGAGCCAUUCUUUGUUAUCCCUCCAAUCUGGUCCAAGCCGCUGGUUUCCAGCAUCUGCAGCAUCCCUGUGGCGUCUCUACCCCCGCUGGAAUGGCCGAUCCCCAGACGCACAGACCAGUAUGAACUCCACAUUGAGGUGCAGCCCAAACCCCAUCACAGAGCUCACUAUGAGACCGAGGGAAGCAGGGGUGCAGUCAAAGCCCCCACAGGAGGACAUUCUAUUGUGCAGUUACAUGGCUACAGAGGCACGGAGCCACUCGGCCUGCAGAUCUUCAUUGGAACAGCUGAUGAGCGCAUCCUCAAGCCCCACGCCUUUUAUCAAGUCCACCGCAUCACUGGUAAAACGGUUACAACCACCAGCUACGAGAAGGUUAUCCACGGCACCAAAGUCCUUGAGAUCCCGCUGGAGCCAAAGAACAACAUGAGAGCAAUAAUCGACUGCGCUGGGAUCCUGAAGCUCAGGAACGCUGACAUCGAGCUGCGGAAGGGCGAGACGGACGUCGGUCGGAAAAACACUCGCGUCCGCCUCGUGUUUCGUGUGCACAUACCUCAGCCUGGAGGACAGCACGUCUCUCUCCAAGUGGCCUCGCAUCCUAUCGAGUGCUCCCAGCGCUCGGCACAUGAGCUUCCCAUGGUGGAGAAGCAGGACAUGGACAGCUGCUCCGUUCUGGGCGGCCAGCAGAUGAUCCUGACUGGGCAAAACUUCAGCUCCGAUUCCAAGGUCAUUUUUUUGGAGAAAACCCAGGAUGGGCAGCAAAUCUGGGAAAUGGAAGCAACGGUGGACAAAGACAAGAGCCAGCCCAGUAUGCUGUUUGUGGAGGUGCCGUCAUACCGAGACUCGUCUGUCGGCCAUUUUGUCAAAGUCAACUUCUACGUCAUUAAUGGCAAGAGGAAGCGCAGCCAGCCUCAGCAUUUCUCCUACACACCACUGUCAUCUCCAUCCAUCAAGACCGAGCCCAUAGAUGAAUAUGACGCAGACCACAUGGGUUUCACCGUGCCUCAGAUCUUGGGCCUAUCCCCCCAUUCCUACUACCAUAACCCGCGCAGCAUCCUUCAUCCAGACAACGGCCUGGUCUCCAGCAUGGCCUCCUGCCAGCGUCUCAGCUCCAGCAUUCCGAGCCAAGACGCACGUUUCCAGCAGCAGAGCCCGGCCAUCGUGUACUCCCGCGGGGGCAAGAGUCUGAGCGGCAGCCCCGGCCUUUAUCAGCAGACUGGAGGGUUGAUGCCCGACUCCCACCGGUCGGUCCUGGUCCACACGGGCUCCCCGGCUCACUCUGUAGGUCCCAUCGGUGCAGGCCAGCACCCUUCCAUCAUCCAGUUCUCUCCCACCAACCACCACCUGCUUCGGGGAGGUGACCCUCAACCUCUCACUGAUCCGCAGCCCGACGACCAGCAGGUCAUCUACUGCGAUGGCUACUCCCCACAGGCGGCCGCCGCCAACUCGCCCACACCCCCCCAGGCUCAGACAGCGGUCACCCACCCACAGCACUAUCCCACCGUUAUCCAGCAGCAACCUUACGUGCAGAAGGAGCAGCAGAAAGGCCGGGCUCCGCCUGGCACGGAGGACAUGGAGGCUCCGGGAGACAGACAGAGGAGGGUGACGGUCAAGGAGGAGAACUUGGACCAGGCCUACCUAGAUGAUGGUGAGUUGAAUGAGAUCAUAAGUAAAGAUCUGACGGGCGUUCAGGCCAGCGGGCAGACAUAGAGGACGGAUACGAGCAGGAAAUUACAGCACAGCACAGCACACACACACACACACACACACACACACACACACACACACACACACACACACACACACACACACACAGGCGGUGACGCACAUUCACCGACAAUCAGACCUUCUCUUCCUCAUUUUCUUUAGCCAUAGAGAAAUAAAUAUCAGCUCCCGGCUGCUGUGUUUGCUUUUGGAUGUUUUCUUGCUAUAAACAGUUUCAUUUGGCAAACAGAAGAAUUAAUUUGAACCAUAACGUCUGCCACAGACACCCAGCAGGUUUCCAACAAACUGAAACAACAGGCGAAUGUGCCUUAUUUUUUUAAAUAUUUCCUGUUGAAUAUUGGAUGCAGUUUUCUUUACAGAGGAAUAGCAAUAAAAUUAAAUAAAGCAUUAGCCAUACUGUUCAGGUAAUGAGCUCACACCGGUUUGCCUCUCACAUGUUUGCCUCAUACUAGUGAAUGACAGUCAUGUAGCAUGCAGCAGUUUAAAAUUUGGGAUUUUCUAUUUCAAGUAAAUUGGUUUGUCAAUAGCUUGAUUUUGUUCCCAAGAUUCAGCCCAAAAAAUAAAUAUAGAAUAUGUAUUGUGGCCAAAAGCUUGUCAUCUUUUAGUUUCAUUCUUCUUGCACAAAAUGUGUUGACUGUUUGACUUCAUAUGCAGUUUUACAUGAAAAGAUUGUCUUAAGCUUACAUGCUGAUCAUCUCAUUUUUAGUGCAGUUUUCGGAUUGAAGUGAAGCGCACACUGCCGUAACCAUUUUUAAAUGAACUAUUGUGACACCUCCUAAUAUGCACUGUUUUCAAUAACAGGGGGUCAAUGUUCUUACUUUUUUACAUAAUAUUUGAGUCAUGUGAAUAACUUACCAUUUUAUAUUCGUAAAAUCUAUAUUGCAUUAUAUUCAGGUCAUAGUGCCAAAGUGGCUCCGCAGGGGCCUGCCAUGCGACAGCGAUAGCAUGAGUCUACAUUUUUGUAAUGUUUUCUUUGCUGGAGUUGAUUUAGUUUAUUUCCAAUCUUGCAAUAAAAAUAAUUAAAAAAUGUAUCUGGCUAGCUAAGUAAGAGAUUUUGUACCCGAAAAAUUUCAAGAUGGUUUUCUUGCUUUUUUAAUCCAAUGUUUGUGUCCAAUGUAUUGCUCUUAAAUUUGAUUGUAAUAACACAUGUGGCUGCUUCCACAGUCUCAAACCAAAUAUUCCAAAGUUUAUACUGUGUGUAUUGUUUUGUGUAUAGUCCAUAAUGACAAUCGUUAUACUCAAAGCUACAUGCCUGCCUAUGCAGAAGCGUCAUGCUUUCUGACGUAAAGAGCAAUAUGAUGUCAUUGUACUUCAUACACACUGUAAGCACAGUACGGGAACACAGUGUGUAUAACUCAUGUGCUAAUGCAGCUUGCUUUGAUGGGAAAGGCUGUAUUUAAAAAAAGAUAUUUUUGUAAUAUAUCACUGAGUGAAUUGGAGUAUAUUGAAAGUGCAUAGUGCCAUUUUCUAUGAUUGUAAAGAGAAAAUUGUUGCAAGUGAAGUAAAGCGGUAAAAACACAAUUAAGGGAAAAUGUAAGACUGAAUCUCGAUUUGUAAUAUUUGAAAUGCACCUAUUUGAUAUAAAAUAAGAUUUUAUUUUGUAAUAUUAGUAAAACUAAUAUCGAUCUAUUAAUGAUAUUGUUCAUUGAGCCAGUGCAUUUGACAUUUCUUGAAUGUAAUCUAUAUUAAAUAAUGUUCCCCCUUUUCUGUAAAUAUUAGGGUGUAACUGUCAACGUCUUAUGAUAAAAAUAGAAACAAUAUGUUGUUUGUUGAGUAUCUGUUACAUGUCUUGUGUAUAUAAAUUACACAAAGUUCUAGUUAUCAUCAUAUCUUAUCUGUUUUUUUUAAAUGUAAGACUUUUUCCAAAGGGAAUUAUGAUACAUUAUCUAAAAUGUUUAAAUCUGCCCUUAAAAGGUUAUAUUUUUGUUUCUGCAGUUUUUAUUAUUUUACAAUCUUUAAAAAAAUCAUUAGUAAUGAAACUGUUUAAUUAAUACUGUCUUUUUUUUUUUUUCUUUGUUGAUGUUGUGUCUACUAGACUUUGUGCCACGUUAAAAAUUCAGUUUCAUGCUAUUUUUGUAUCCUUAAAAGUAGCAAUAAAUAAUAACCAUAUACAUCGCAA